AUGGUCAUCAGCAACACCGCAUCAAUCGGCUUUCUUCCAAGAGCAGAUGGCUCGGGAUCUUUCGUCUCAGGACGUACAUCUAUCAUCGCCUCCGUAACUGGUCCCAUGGAGGUUCGGAUUCGUGAUGAACUCCCACAGAAAUCACACGUCGAGGUGAUUGUCAGACCAGCGAUUGGAGUCACAAGUACCAGGGAAAAGUAUCUUGAGGCGCGCCUUCUCUCUGCCCUCAAGCCACUGAUCCUCCGAUCCAACCACCCCCGAACUUUGAUCCAGAUUGUGGUGCAGGUCGUGCAAACAGCCGGAACCGAUGAAAAUGCUUCGACUACACUCCUAUUACUUGCACCAGCCAUGAAUGCUGCUGUUUUAGCCCUAUUGGAUGCUGCUGUGCCACUGAAAAGCGUCCUUGCUGCUACCACAGUGGCCUUCAUGAAGGGUAGCGGCGGGGUUGUUGUGGAACCAGGACUAGACGAGUUGAAAAAUUCUUCCAGCACACAUGUUCUCGCUUUCACCAGUACCGGCCAACUGGGAUUUGUCGAAAGUGACGGAGAGUUUGAGUACGAAGAUUUUGAAAGAGUUGUGGAAGCUGGUCGCAGGGUUUGCUCAGUGGAACAGAAAGGCCACCACGCCAUGGAUAUGGGUGCAAAAUACCAGGCGGUCGGUGAAUUGAUUAGAAAGAUAAUGAGCCAAAAGGUAGAAAAGGAUAUGAGAUGGAGGGCAUAA